AUGCCAACACACAGCCAGCGUCACAAACACCGCGCCCAGCUGUGCCCAGCUGUGCCAGCUCCCAGCUGCUGUGCUGCGGCCAGGCUGUGUCAGGCCCCAGGCUGUGCCCAGGCCAGCUCCAGGCCAGCUGCUGUUCUGUGUCUGUGUCUGGUGCUGCCCAGUUCUGCGUCAGUCCCUGUGCUGUACUGUGCCCAGCUGUGCUGUCUGCCUGUCUCAGUGCCCAGGCCAGCCCAGGCCAGCUCCAGUGCUGUGACUCAGGCCAGUGUCCCAGCUCCAGGCUGUGCCCAGCUGUGCCCAGCCAGGCUCCAGGCCAGCCUGUUCUGGUGUCCCAUCCAGUGCUGUGUGCUGCGUCGUGCCUUGUUCUGUGCCAGCCAGUCCCAGCUGUGCCCAGGCCAGGCCCAGGCCUGUGCCCAGUUCUUGUGUCCUGCCCAGGCCAGGCCCAGUCAGGCUCCAGUGCCAGUGUCUAUGUCUGGUCUGUUCUCAGGCCCAGUUCUCCUGGUGCCUGUGCCCAGCCAGCCCAGUUGCGGCCUGGUGUCCCAGUCUCUGGUGUCCUGGCUCCAGGCCAGCCGUGUCAGUGCCCAGGCCAAGGCCCAGGCUCCAGCUGUGUCUGUGCUGUGUCAGGCUCCAGGCUGUGCCCAGUCUUGGUGUCCUGGCUCCAGCUGUGCUCCAUCUGUGCUGUGCCUGUGCCUGUGCUGCCUGUGUCUGGUGCUCUGUGUUCAGUGUCCUGCCUCCAAGUAG